UGUUUUAGCAGUGACGCAUGCGCAAUCAUUGCUUCCGCGACGUACCUAGCCAUCUUUCCAGUCAAGCAAAAGUGAUUGUUUUCAGCUUUAGUCUUAUUUAACGGAACUUUUAUUAAUGUCAGAGCCACAGUCCGCGCUUCUACUACGAAAACAAUUAGCAGAACUAAAUAAAAACCCAGUAGAAGGGUUUUCAGCAGGCCUCAUAGAUGACAAUGACAUAUAUCAGUGGGAAGUACUCAUUAUUGGACCUCCAGAUACGUUAUAUGAAGGUGGGUUCUUCAAAGCACACUUAGAAUUUCCAAAGGAGUAUCCACUUAGGCCACCAAGAAUGAAAUUUAUAACAGAAAUAUGGCAUCCAAACAUCGAAAAAAACGGUAAUGUGUGCAUAUCGAUUUUACACGAACCUGGAGAUGACAAGUGGGGCUACGAAAAAGCAUCGGAACGGUGGUUACCAGUUCACACAGUCGAGACUAUCCUCAUAAGCGUUAUUAGUAUGCUUGCAGAUCCUAAUGAUGAAAGCCCUGCUAAUGUGGAUGCUGCCAAAGAGUGGAGGGAAAGUUACACAGAAUUCAAGAGAAAGGUGGCGAGGUGUGUCAGAAAAAGCCAAGAGGAGUGUUCGUAGGAGAUGAAUAAAUAUUCAAAUGGAAAGACUUAUUUAAUUCUGGGAAGCCGUAAGCACUGUAAAAAAGAAACCGAUGCUCAGCAUUAAGCUAAUGAAUCACAGUGCCACUAAAAACGGAUAAAGCCUGACCCAUCCUUAUGCAGUGCGAGGGAGACAGAGAGUAUGUGUGAAAAUAAAAGAUAAGUUCGCACGCCUCUAUCAAGUUUAUACCACCGCCACUGACGUACCAUCCAUUGAUACGAAGAACAUAAAGGAAAUACAUGCAGCUCACCUUUUACAUAAUAAACAGCUAAAAAACUAAUUUACACGUAUACAUAAAGCAAAAAAACAUCAUCUGUACGAUUAUUACCUUAAUACUAAUAGUUACAAACAUAACUUCCCUGUCCCUCCUGCUCAAGAGCUAGACCUACCCUUUACAUCAGAAAUCCUGUAAUUUAAAAUGUUUACGUUUAUCAUUGAAUAAUAAUUCCUUAGUGUCGUUUCGUAUUUUCUUACUUUCGUAAUAAAUUUUUGUAAAGUCGAAUACACGGUACAUAUAUGCUACAAUCGUUAAUGUAAUGCCAGUAAAAAAUGGAAACAAAAUAUAUGUGAAUUAACUGUGACAUCCGCAGCAAAGAUUAUAUCGAUUAAGCUGUACAAUCACGGCUAUACAAAGAUAUGUGAAAUUUCUAACGAACCGUAAGUUGCCAAAAUAACGAAUUCUAAUUAAAGUGAUAAUAAUGCUAAUAACGAUAUUAUUAGAAAUAUACCAUUAAUUACAGCUAGUAAACGUAACAUAAGAUUAGGUACACAUUACAAUGACUGUAUACAUUUUCUUUCGACCUGUGUCAGUUUUGUAAAGUGAUUAUUUGAUCCUAACUUUCUAUUAGAUCGAAACUUGCGGUUCCAUAUCAUGGAUGUGUUUAACUUUAAAACAUUCUUUUGUUCAACUACAUACAAUUUUAUAUUGCCAAUUAAAUUUUACGAGGUGAAACAUGUCUAUUACAUUGAACCUGUUUUCGCACAUUUGUUCAACUCGACAAAUGCUAUAUGAUAUAACAAAAUAUUUUCUAAUACUUAUCACUGAAACAAAGUAAUCACUUUUUAUACCGUGAUUUAACUAUUUCCCUUUGUAUAAGAGCUGACAAUGCUUUAUUUUCAACAGAUUAGAACAUACUCUAAUAAAAUUUGCUUUAUUUCGUAUAUAAGU